UCAUAACAAGGCGCCAGAGAGGGUGACGUCAUCAGAGCACGCCAACCCGUUUGGGUUUCUCUUGCAGAAGAUAAAAGAGACUGAAAAGUGCCUCUUUCUCCGACCUAUACGGGCGUGUUUAUGUUUCUCUGUGGACUCCAUGCCCUUCGCCGUCUGAUGAACGGAUUUUAGCGUAUUUUACGGGGGGGGGGAAAGGGGCCAAAAUUAGAUUUAUUUCGAGUGCAAAGACUGGAUAAAACGCCACUGUACUUGCAACAACGGCCAUCUGUUUUCGGUGAAGUUUUAUCGACCAGGAUGCCCCAGCCCUCUUCUUCCAUCUGACGACGGUAGGACAAUAGUCUGGAGAUGAAGCAGGAUCCAUUGACCAAGGGUGGUAACACCGCCACAAGGAUAGACUCUAUUGGGGUAAUGAUGCUAGCCAGCACCCCCUCCUCCACUUCCUCCCUCUCUUCCUCAAUAUCCUCCAUCUCUUCUUCAUCCUCCUUGCAGGGAGAAAAGAGAAAGGGAGAUGAGGAGUUCAUUUGUCGAGAGGAGGAAGAAGGGGAGGUGGUCAGCGUUGCUAUAGUGACCAUAGCGGAGGAGUCCUGCCCUUCCGAACCGUUUGGAACUGUUGCCCACGGGGAGGUAGCAGCCAAUGAGAGUGGGGUGAGGGAUGGAGACUGCCAAUCAAAAACUAACCAAAGUACCCAAACUGAAGAAGAGGAGAAGCAUGAGGAGGGAGAAGGAGGAGAGGAGGGUGUAAAAGAGAAAGAAGAAGAGGAGGAAGAAGAGAUGGCUGAAGAUGAGAGUGACCAUUCUGCCCUGUUGGAGGAGGAGGAGGAUGAUGAGGGAAGGAACCAGGUGUUUGUCUCGGAUUACAACUUGGGGUUGUCGGACAGUCUGACCACUGGAAAACCAACACUCCUCAACAUCAAGAUGAAGAGGAAGUUGGACCAUGGACCAGACGUCAGGCCGUUCUCUUCAGUCAAGAAACACUGCAAAGGUUCCAGCUACCUCAGUCCCUGCAGUCUCGUUCCAUUCCAGACCACGCCCACUACCUUUGGAGACCUGCGAGCAGCCAAUGGGCAUUCAGCUCAGCGGAGACGUGUCACCUCAGGCCCGCCCCCCUCCGGCCUACAGGACUGGCUUCACACCUUCCAGGCGUGGAGUGGUCCUGAGCGCCUAUUGGCUCUGGAUGACUUGAUUGACAGCUGUGAGUCCAAUCAGGUGAAGCACAUGAUGCAGGUUAUUGAGCCUCAGUUCCAACGAGACUUCAUCUCCCUGCUGCCCAAAGAGUUGGCCCUGUAUGUCUUGACGUUCCUGGAGCCCAGAGAUCUGAUGCAUGCUGCUCAGACCUGUUCCUAUUGGAGGAUACUGGCUGAGGAUAACCUGCUGUGGAGGGAGAAGUGUAGGGAGGAGGGUAUAGAAGAGUCCCUGGUUGUUCAGAGGAGGAAGACUCUAAAACCUGGGUUCCUCCACUCCCCCUGGAAGAGUGCCUACGUACAACAACACCGGAUAGAGAGCAACUGGAGGACUGGAGAUAUCACCUCACCUAAGGUCCUGAAGGGUCACGAUGAUCAUGUGAUCACAUGUCUGCAGUUCUGUGGUGACCUCAUCGUCAGUGGAUCUGAUGACAACAGUCUGAAAGUCUGGUCUGCCCUGACCAGCAAGUGUCUGCGUACAUUAGUAGGCCAUACAGGAGGCGUGUGGUCCAGUCAGAUGAGUGGUAACAUUGUGAUCAGUGGGUCGACAGACAGAACUCUGAAGGUUUGGGAUGCAGAGAGCGGAGAGUGUGUUCACACCCUGUACGGACACACCUCUACUGUACGCUGCAUACACCUGCAUGACAAACAGGUUGUGAGCGGUAGCCGUGACGCUACGUUGCGUCUGUGGGACGUAGAUUCUGGCGAGUGUCUCCACGUCCUGACGGGUCAUGUGGCGGCGGUGAGGUGUGUCCAGUAUGACGGCCGCAGGGUGGUCAGCGGAGGAUACGACUUCAUGGUGAAAGUCUGGGACCCUGAGACAGAGACCUGUCUACACACUCUGCAGGGACACACUAACAGAGUCUAUUCACUACAGUUUGACGGUGCCUACGUGGUCAGUGGAUCUCUGGACACCUCCAUCAGAGUAUGGGACGUAGUGACGGGAGGGUGUGUCCACACGCUGACCGGCCACCAAUCACUGACCAGCGGUAUGGAACUAAAGAACAACAUCCUGGUGUCUGGCAACGCUGACUCUACUGUCAGGGUCUGGGAUAUACAGACAGGACAGUGUCUCCACACACUGCAAGGUCCCCAUAAGCACCAGUCAGCAGUGACCUGUCUCCAGUUCUCUCGCUCCCUGGUGGUCUCUUCAUCAGAUGACGGGACAGUGAAGCUGUGGAGCCUGGCGACGGGGGAGUGGAUCAGAGACCUGGUGGCUCUGCAGAGUGGAGGAUCAGGGGGAGUGGUGUGGAGGAUCAGGGCAUCUAACACCAGACUGGUAGCAGCCGUUGGCAGCAGGAAUGGAACAGAGGAGACUAAACUCUUGGUGCUGGACUUUGACCUCACUGACACCCAGAAGUGAUGUCAUUUAAAAUGGACGUUAUGUCAUCGGGAAAGGAUGCGAGGCAAUCAAAUAAGGACCCAAUAUCGUCAUAUGGGAACGGAAAGCUUGUGGUGAUGAGGAGGA